CAGGAAGUCUAAACUUCAGUCUGACAGAAGCAGUCAUCUCAAUGUGACCUGCACUGUCCGCCAUAUCCUCAUAAAAGGACUGCACGGAUACAUUUCUCCGAACCGGAGCGCACGCGCCAGGCACAGAGGGAAACACGCGCCCCCAAACCGUCCGCUCGUCAAGUCACCGCUGAGCUCGAGCCGCAUUUAUAAAAGAUUGUAAAUAUGGCUGAGGACAUAAAGGCUAAACUGGAGCAGUACCGAACCGCUCCCUUUGAUGCCCGAUUCCCGAACACCAAUCAGACCAGGAACUGCUGGUCCAACUAUCUGGACUAUCACCGCUGUCAGAAAGCCCUGGAUGCUAAAGGAGUAGACACAGCCCCCUGUGACUGGUACAAAAGGGUCUACAAAUCCCUUUGCCCUAUGGGUUGGGUUGAGAAAUGGGAUGGGCAGAGAGACGAUGGGACCUUCCCAGGAAAAAUCUGAGGCUCCAAACGUUUUUUGCCUGUAAAGGUGUAAUGUUUUCAGCUAAAUGUUUGUAAAAGUGAUGCCCUGAUGUCGCUUUUUCACUGAUAACGCUCUGUCCAGGGGGAAAAUGAAACUGAAUGGCCAUUCCUUACAAAAUACAAAUAAAUGUACUGCAACGUCUGCAUUAAAUUUUCUCAGGAGACGA